AUGCCCUCGUGAGUUGAAGGGAGGGAGUACUGUAGGAGCUGGAGUACUGUAGCUGUGAGGAGCUGAACUUCCUGUAACUGGGUUACUGUAGCCCUAGAUUACUGUAGCUGAUCUGUGAACUUGAUAAGUAGCGUAGACGCGAUUUUCACUAUGACUUUUACUUAAUUGGGUUACUGUAGCCCUGGAUUACUGUAGUUGAAAUACAGUAGCUCGAAAUUUAUUGUAUUACUGUAGCCCUGGAUUACUGAACCCCUAGAUUACUGUAGUAGCUGAAAUACUGUAGCUCGAAUUUUUCUAUUACUGUAGCCCUGGGUUACUGUAGCUGUAAAAAAAGCACCACCAGCAGCAGCAGCAACAGAAAAACAAUCCUAUAAGUAUACAAAAAGCCCACCCGGUACACCGUAUAGCUAACAUUAGCAGGAAGGAUUAUUUUAACACCGCAAACAAAUUGUGUGUUAAAUGGCCACUAUGGGACUACUGUAGACCAUUGAUUUUUGCUCUUUUCCACUCCUAUACACACAUAUUUGCAGGCAAAAGAAGUCAAAUCCGACCGAAGUUUACAUUUCGAAUAAUCGAGCCGUCGUUCAACGUUCAAUCGUGUUUCGCAACACAUCGGGCAAAGAUUUUGUGCUGAAGUUGGUUGCCUCGUCAGCCGAUGCCGUCCUCUUUCCAGCCACCGUCUUUCGUUUCCCACCCGCUUCCUAUCGCACAAUUCAAUUUCGCAUCGAUUCGCGUAAAUUGCACACGUGGGAUCGUUCGGGUCUCUGGAUCAAGGGAUUCGUUUUGCCGGUUUAUUCGAAGAAAUUGGGCGCGUGGAUUGAGCGAAAAAAUCAAGCGGAAGCCGACAAUCAAGAAGCGUUCCACGUCAAAAUUGUGUUUAGCGAUGCGUUUUGCGCGCCUCAAACUGUGAUCAAUCUCCCCGGAACUGCUUCAUGUAUUGAUUCGACUGAUCAUCCGGUUGAUGUGGAAGAAUUGGAUUGUAUGACUGCGGUUAACAUCGAGAAAGAUGUUGUGACUGCUGAUCCAAUCGGUUCUUUGAUGACAUAUGUUGAUGAAUACAGAAAACAUAAUGAAGUCAAAUCUUGCUGGUUGACUGAUUAUAUUUGUGGAAAUGGAGCUGCUGAGGAGAAAGAGAAGAGCAAGAAAUCGUGUAGAUCGAAGAGUCGUAGCAAGAAACGCCGCAAUGCGGCUUUGGAAGCGACACCGUGUGGUGGAUCGACUGUUCAAGCAUAG